AUGGCCAUUUGCUUUAAACAUACAUUAAAACUUUCAGGCCACGUGCUCCUGGAGCAGUAUCAGGCUCAAGUUUCUGCUGCCCUUCGUCCUGUCUUCAUUCAAGCUGCUGUACCUGGCGGCGAUAGCUUCGUCAAUAGCUCAUCCCCAACAGGUCCUAUCCUCACCUCUUCAUCCUCUUCACCUGUGCUUACAUCAUAUGCCCUCCACAGCCAGCCUUCUAUCGUCCAAGGCAGCAGCUUUGUGAAAAAGGAAAAUGUUAGCGACAACCUAAUGGCCAGCCAGCUUGCGGCUAACCCGUUUGUCUUAGCCACUGCCUGUGAAGUUGCCAGCACUUGGCUUAGCUCAGGCGUGGCUCAGCAUCUCGACGAGCUGCAUCGUGUACAGCAUCUACUGCUUUCCUGUCUCCAUCGGCUCGAUCGGGCAGUUCGUCAGCACAGUCUUCUGCCCAACACACCCUCUGGAUCGGCCUCUACUCCGGCUUGUGUGCGUGCAUCCGGGAUUGUCCAGACAGGUCAGAAUUACAGUGAGGCUGCAGCUACACUUGAGCACUUGGCUGUGCUGCGUGCCUGGGCCGAGAUCUAUAUCACCCGCAUGCUCCAUGCCGAGAUACACUUUGGACACGGUCUGAGGACGCGCUUGACGGAGUUUGGCCAGCGACGGCACAUCCAGCAGUUGCGAGUCAAGCCAGUUGGUGCUGUUGCCUCGGAGUCUUAUCAAUCGAAUCAUAGGAUGCACGGGAUGAAGGCUAAAGAUACAGAUCAGGAUAGUGAUAUGGGGACGGAUGCACAGCCUGCUGAUUCGAAGAGAGAGCAGACUUGUGCAACGGAGAUUGAGAUGCAAAAAAAUCCCUCGAAUCAGGCAGAACGUCAAGAAUUGGGCGAAUUGGAUGAAGAGGACGAAGAAGUAGAGCCUGAGGAAGGAGAGGCAGACGACGAAGAGGAUGAAGAGGCAGAGGAGGCUGAGGAGCUUGGCCUGAAUGAACCAUGCCAACUGCAGGAAGCCAUUGCCAGCAGUGUGGCCGCUGCACAUGAUGAUGCCAGCGAGGCUGCACGCCGCUUGCCGAUUCUUCUUUACAACCCGGAGACUGAUUAUGCAUUUGGAAUUGUUGAAAGGGAUAUUCUAGCAACAGCCACUAUGAUGAGGAGGCAUGUCUCUAUGACUAAAAGAAGACCAAGUCGUUUGGGUAAGGAAAUGUGGCAGAAUCCAAAUGAAGCCUAUGAGGAGAAAGUAAGAGAACUGAAAAGUGGCCAAGCUUAUGUCGAUGAAGAUCUGGUGGAUGAGGGUGAAGAGCUGGACGAUGAAGAGAACAGUGCAGACGAGGAUGGUUUAUGUGACAGUGACUAUUCAGAUCCAGGUGAGCUUCCUUUUUUAUACAAACGCUAA